AUGCGACGGGAUUCGCGCCCACAUGCAGCAUCUUUUUGCGCCCAUGCGGCAGGCUUGCCAUUGUUGCUUUACCCUCUCCUUUCGCUCACCCACAGCCUCUCUCCUCUUCCAUCUCCCCCCAAUCCCGUCUCCCCUCCCCUCCCCCCCCCCUCCCCCUCUCCCCCCUUCUUUCCCCCCUUCUUUACCCCCCGCCUCCCCCUCAGCCGCCCUUCCUCCUUCCCCCCAACCAACUACACACCAUCUCCCCCUCCUAAUUCCCCCCGCCCCUUCCCCUCUCUUCUCCCUGUCCCACCCAAGAACUGCGGGCAGCCAUGGUUCUCCUUCACCCCUCUGGCCUUCCUGCAACGAAUGAGCAACAGGGUGUUUGCUUCAGUGGGCGACUCACUCUCUGUCAGCAAUCUCAUGCCGUCGCUUUUGUGUCAGAUACACCAAGUCUCUCCUGUGACCGAGAUUCCUAACGACGGCACAUACGCAGCGCAAGGCCCGCUCACUAAAGUGUACCGAGUCAAAGCGUACAACAUUACGUUGAUAAACACAUGGAGUACAUUUCUUAACGAGUACUGGCAAGACGAACAGACAGUCCAACAGUACAACGGAGGUGUUCCAUUGACCGACGAGGAUUCAGUGGUGAACCUAGACGGGCUCGAUGCGCAGUGGGCGGCUUAUAUCGAGCGGUACGACGUGCUUAUAUUGCAGACGCAGGCGCACUGGCAGGCCACUAAGUAUAAGUGGCGGCGAUUCUGGGUGAACAGCACUGGGGAUCAAAUCUACAACGAGUCGAGAUUCAUGGCUGCGUUUGAGUAA